AUGCUUCCUUCGCCCGCUGUGCCACCGUCAAUUGUAAUCUCAUCAUGUCGUUCACAUAGCGAAUUUCACGACACAUCAGGUCAUAUCUUUUUACCAAACACAAGAAAGUGGCGAACAAUGACAUCAAUGAGGCAAACGUCCGUUCCAAUCAACGUCUAUGAAAGAACAACAGAUAUCGAAGCAGGGAGAGGGCCGCCCUAUGUGCAUCCGCCUGCGACGAGUAAUGUGGCAAGUUGUGAAGGAUCGUCAUCACGUGUUACGCCGCCUUCGUCGCAACCACCAAUGAUGGCACCCUCUCCCCACUCUCGAUUUAUUGACGGAUUUAGAAGGCGAACCAGACUUCGUUCAUGUAAUGUACCAGCAACUGGACAAGAAAGCUUAGAUAUGGAUCUCGGUUUUCCACCCGUUUGUUCACCUCCACCGGAUGUAGGCCCUGUAUCGACACCUGACACAUUUGGUGGACCGCGACUUAGGAGAAGGACCGUAUCAGAUGCUGCUCAUACGGGCAUCAAUUUUGUUUUAAACAACAAACGACAUUCUGGGGUUCUCGUGAUUUUUCCUCACUCUCCCUCAUCUCAUAGUGAACUUCUACACAGUACCCCUACUCCUACUCUUGCAGCUAGCAAGCGUCCUUCUGGGUUUUUAGCCGGAACUGGCGCAUCAAAAAGUUUUGAAGGUUCUCUACCAGCCACUCCACGAAGCGGUGAAAAUGGUGGUCAAUCCUCUCCACGUCGCCCUCUUUACGUCGACACUCAGCUGGCGAAUGGGAUGUCCGAAAAACGGAGAAGUCCGGUCACAAGCGUUGUCGAUUUUGUUCGAGGACGUAGCCGUGCUGCAUCGUUGAGUUUAUCGGGACCAGCAACUCCACCAUCACCGCCUGCGCCGAUGUCAGUGUCAGCUCGAGCAUCAGCGUCCACUGAUGGAGGCAUGCCAACUUCGCCGAUGUUUUCUCCUCAGCCACGAAAUAAUGGUCGCCCACCGCUCUCAAGAUUGUACCGUCCUGGAAUGCGUAGUUUAGAUUCAGGUCUUGACCUUAGUUCACCGACGAUUGGACAUACAGCACUGCUUAUCAAAGAGGCAGCCCUCUUCAACUCAUUUGAGUCAAUGACCAUUGGUUCAACUGUAGCUGAUAUAAAUACUGUGUUUUUCGAUUGCCAGGAUGCUGUUUACUCACUGUUCAUGAAAGCACAUAAAUGUUACGACCUUAUACCGACAUCCACAAAACUUGUCGUUUUCGACACACAACUACCGGUAAGGAAAGCAUUUUUCGCACUUGUAUAUAAUGGAGUUCGUGCAGCACCUUUGUGGGACAGCGAGAAGCAGCGUUUUAUCGGCAUGCUUACAAUCACGGAUUUCAUCAAGAUCUUAAUAAAGCACUAUGAAGCUGGCGAUAAGGAAGAAAAAAUGCAGGCUCUUGAAGAGGAGCAAAUUAGUCAUUGGCGAGAACAGUUUGAAUCAGAUGAAAAUGGCGUCCAGCCUCUCGUAACGAUCGAUCCAAACGAAAGCUUGCAUCGGGCAGUACAAGUGCUUUGCGAGUCAAAAGUUCAUAGAUUACCAGUUAUGGAUAAGAACACUGGCAACAUCAGCUAUAUCCUUACACAUAAAAGACUUAUCAAAUUUCUAUCUUUAUAUCUGGGCGACUUGCCAAGGCCAGCAUUUAUGGAACGCACGCCAAAAGAGCUGGGCAUAGGAUCUUGGGGCGACGUUGUCACGAUUCAUGUGGAUACGCCACUCCACGACGCGCUGGAGAUCUUCCUGCGAAAUAGGGUUUCGGCUCUACCUUUAGUGGACGAGAAAGGACGGGUUGUUGAUAUAUACGCCAAAUUCGACGUUAUCAGUCUGGCAGCUGAAAAAUCGUACAACAGGCUCGACUGUACUGUACAGGAAGCACUCAAAAAUCGUUCUGAUUGUUUCGAAGGUGUACAAUGUUGUCGUGAGACCGAUUCACUAUUUGAUGUGCUUCAAGCUAUAGUUCGCGCUGAAGUUCACAGGUUAAUAGUGACGGAUACGGAGCAGAGGAAACAUGAUGUAGAUUUGUUGGUGGAGGUAGGUAGUUGGAAUCAUCUCCCUUUCCGACGUUCUCAAAUUCCUCAUAUUGGACCCGGCACACAACACGGAGCUUGGAGGAACAUCUACUCAACAGUCACCACACGUUUCGAUCGACGAUAG